AUGAAUCAAAGAGUCUACAGUAGACUCCUCCGUCGCGUUGAAAUUUGGGGGUCACUAUGUUUCGGGAUGUUUCGCGCGUGCUUAGGGCGUACGCCAAGUCAGCUGCAGGCAAAAUCCUUGUGGACCCACUGUGAAAAGGACUCCGUCAAGACUUGUGUCCAGAUGCCGGCUGUGCAUUUUUUCCGCGUGCCGCACAACAAGGUGGUGGCCGUGGUUGACCCUUCUCGUGCGGGUUUGCAUCCUCGAUUGGUGGAGAUCCUGCGAGGGCGCCUGCAAGUGUCGCGGAUCGUGUACAUCAGUUGCAAUGCCGACAGCAUGGCCGAGGACAUUGCGAAGCUGGGAUCCUCCACGGAGGACGAGGCCGACGAUUUCAUCCCCACCCGCGCGGUGGCCGUGGAUUCCUUCCCACAAACCGUGCACGUGGAGGUGAUUGCCUUGGUCGAGCGUGCCUCUCGCGUGCCUGAGAGGAUCUCUAAACGACCGGAAACUGAGCCGGAGCUUGAAGCAAGUUAG